CGCAAAUACCUAUCAAGUUUGCCUCACAUACACACACACGUACGCCUCUUUACUAGAAACGCUCACUAACGCAUGGACCGAACAGAGCUACUCACGGCGGGUACGGGUCUCGCACGCAGUACGAGCGCGAGAAAGAGAGGCUUAUAAUCGAAAUAAACCAGGGCAUGGACACGGUAAACCGGAACCUUCUCCAGCUCAACCAGAAUCUGGAGUCUGCAAUUUCGUUGGGCAGCAGCUUUGGUCGCAUAGCCAGCCUGUGGAACGAAUUCGGCACAAUUAUCAACCCACAGGCAGAUGAGGAGGGUCCACAUGCUGGAAAUUCUGAGGACUCUGAAGAUGGUGACGAGCAUGCGAACGGUGCCGAUGUAGCUGAUGCUGCAGCCAGCGAGUUUACCGGCAUGGACAUUUCUGAAGGCGGACAUACAUUUGACCAGUCUAAUAGUGUGGACGCAGACUUGAACAGGAUGGCUACAGACACGCUGAUGGACCAGGAUUCGUAAUCCAGUUUUCACAAACAAUACAAAAUAAAUUAAUAUCAAUAUGUUU